AUGAUGGAACUGAUGCGGUCGAGCCCUCCUCCUCCACCCGAGGCCAAAUCCUCCGGCGAGACCUACUGCAACUUCGCCGUCGCAUUCCGAGGACAAACCUCUUCUCCUUCUACUUUCUUGGGCAAACCAUCUAGAUCGGAACGGCACCAGAUCUAG